AUCUUUUGAAUGAUCCGGAUUUCUGUAAUUCAACCGCAUGCUAGGACGUCACAUGCAGAAUACGGUACUCUUUUGGCAACCUGUCGAGUUCCAGCUUUCUUUAAUUAUGCCCCGCCCCCAAACUGAGCCACUUGGUUAGUCGUGGGAUCCGGAUCUUGGGAAUACAUAUGGGCAGCGGAAUUGUUGCGCCGGAAAUCUCUCAUCGCCAUGAUGUUCAAGGCCACACGACGACCGGGGAGGGUGCUCGUAUCUAUCGCGUUCAGACCCAACGCUCUUUGGGUAUCGGCUGGGUCCGUGAGAUGGUACAGUGUGAGCGCGCAGGCCCCGAAGUCCAAAGUAUGGCCAUCCGCGGAUGAAGCAGUUAAGGACGUGAAGUCAGGUGUUACUUUGUUGUGUGGAGGCUUCGGACUGGCUGGCGUACCAGACACCCUUCUCGGGGCUCUCGUGAAGAGAACAGAUAUCAACGGACUGACUGCCGUGUCAAACAACGCAGGCGCAGGAGAUUCCGGGCUAGGUAAACUUCUUAGUAGCAAGCAAAUCGACAAAAUCAUUGCGUCGUACCCAGGAGGCAAUAAAACUUUCGAAGCAUUGUAUCUCAAUGGGCAAAUAUCACUUGAACUCUGUCCUCAGGGCACUCUUGUCGAGAGGUUGCGGGCUCAUGCAGCUGGUAUACCUGCCUUUUAUACCCCUACAGGUGCAUCAACCGCAGUAGAGGAAGGAGCUAUCCCUGUACGUUACAACGAGGGUGGCUUCGCGAAUGGAGUAAAGAUACCAGGAGUCACGAAAGAAAGUCGCGCGUUCAAUGGGCGUAAGUAUGUGAUGGAGACAGCAAUCCCUGGUGAUGUCGCUUUCAUCCGCGCGUGGAAGGUCGAUGAAGUCGGCAACUGUGUUUUUCGGUACACGCAGAACAACUUCGGUACCGCGAUGGCGAAAAAUGCCAAGUUGACUAUUGUUGAGGCCGACCAAAUCGUCCCGGUUGGUUCGCUCUCGCCAAAUGCCAUACAUGUGCCAGGUAUAUAUGUAGACCGAAUCGUUCGCGCCACGGAACCAAAGCGGAUUGAAAUCGUGUCCUUGGCGAAAGGCGAUUCCAAGGGAACACCAGGGGGAAGUAUGGCUGCAUUGGAUCACAGACACCGCAUCGCACGACGGGCUGCCAGGGAAAUCAGAGAUGGGUACUACGUUAACCUCGGUAUUGGCAUGCCGACUCUUGUUCCAGAGCAUCUGCCACCUGGUGUAAAGGUUUGGUUGCAGAGCGAGAACGGUAUCCUGGGUAUGGGACCUUAUCCAACUGAGGAACAACUGGAUCCAGACAUCAUCAACGCUGGGAAGGAGACCGUGACGCUAUUGCCAGGAGCAUCGAUAUUUGAUUCAAGUGAGUCCUUCGCAAUGAUUCGAGGAGGUCAUAUAGACGUCGCCAUUCUUGGAGCAAUGCAAGUCUCUCAAGCUGGCGAUAUCGCCAAUUUUAUGAUCCCAGGAAAAUUGGUCAAAGGGAUUGGCGGAGCAAUGGACCUUGUCUCCAACCCUGACGAAACCAAAGUUAUUGCGGUGAUGGAGCAUUGCGCGAAGGAUGGCAGCCCAAAAAUUCUUAAGCAAUGCAGUCUUCCACUCACUGGAGCUCGAGCUGUCAGCCAGAUUAUCACAGACCUGGCAGUUUUCAACGUCGAUAGGGAGAAUGGCGAACUCGAAUUAACGGAACUCCAGGAGGGGGUGACUCUUGAGGAGGUGAAGGCGAAGACAGGUUGCGAGUUCAGGUUAUCCCUAGGCUUUUGCAAGGGCGAUGAAUUGGCGCUAUGACUACGAUGGCUUGUGAUGGCGUUCGCCUCGUU